GCACCACUACUUUUGAGCUCGCAGGUCUCUGCAAGUGUAUAAUCCGAUUGAAGAAGAUGAAGAAGAUGAAAUGAAGAGGAGGAGGAAAUGAAGAAGGAGCUAGGACUACUGUUUUGGAUGGCUAUGAUGAUGUACACGUGCCAAGCAGUCAGCAACCUCCACCCUCUGAUCCUGAUACCUGGAAAUGGCGGGAAUCAGUUGGAAGCGAGACUGACCAAAGAUUACAAGCCCAGUAGUUUGUUAUGUAACCGUUGGUACCCGAUUGAGAGGAACAAGGAGGGUUGGUUCCGGCUCUGGUUCGACCCGACUGUUCUGUUAGCUCCGUUCACUACUUGCUUUGCUCAGAGGAUGACGCUCUAUUACGACCAGGAGAAGGAUGAUUACAGCAAUGCCCCUGGGGUUGAAACCAGAGUCCCACACUUCGGCUCCUCUCAGUCCCUUCUCUUCCUUGACCCCAAUCUCAAGAAGAUCACAACAUACAUGGCACCCCUAGUGGAAUCUUUGGAAAACAUUGGCUAUGUCGACGGCAAAACUAUGUUCGGAGCGCCGUACGAUUUUCGAUAUGGUUUAGCACCUAAAGAUCAUCCAUCCCAUGUUGGUUCUAAGUUCCUGAAAGACCUAAAAUACUUGGUGGAAAAAGCCAGCAAUUCUAAUGGGGGAAAGCCGGUGAUACUUGUCUCUCACAGCUUAGGAGGCCUCUUUGCUCUUCAACUUUUGAAUCGUAACAAGCCCUCUUGGCGGCAAAAGUUCAUCAAGCAUUUUGUUGCACUCUCUGCACCGUGGGGUGGCACUGUGGACGAAAUGCUCACCUUUGCUUCAGGGAACACACUAGGAGUCCCACUAGUGAAUCCAUUGUUAGUGAGAGAUGAGCAGAGAAGCUCAGAAAGCAAUCUAUGGCUGAUGCCUAAUCCGAAGCUAUUCAGGAGCGAAAAACCAAUAGUGAUUACCCCAAAUGCUACAUAUUCAGCUCAUAACAUUCCCCAAUUCCUCAAUGACAUUGGAUUUCCCGAAGGAAUUCAUCCCUUCAAAACACGCAUUUUGGCCAUGAUGGAUCAGCUUGAAGCUCCCGGAGUGCCUAUCACGUGUGUGAUCGGAACCGGUGUGUGCACAGCAGAGACUUUGUACUAUGACAAAAGAGGCUUUGAUGAGCAACCAGAGAUUGUUUAUGGGGACGGAGACGGAACUGUUAACAUGGUGAGCUUGCUGGGACAUGAAUCUCUAUGGUCUAAUGCGAAAAAUCAAACUCUGAAAACGAUCAGAGUUCCUGGGGUGACUCAUACCGAGAUACUCAAAGAUGAUGGUGCAGUUGGUGAAGUUGUUAGAGAAAUCUCUGGAAUCAAUUCUCAGUUCAAGUUUGUUGAGAAUGUAAAUGUGCAAUGAACUAACCAGUGGUACAAAAGCACCCAAGGACGGUGAAGAUUCAUUUCAUACAGACUGUAACGCUUACUUUCAAUCUUUUUUUCAUUCGGAUGAAGUGUAGAGCAUAAACAAAAUUCAUAUUCCUUGUCCACUAGGGAAAUGUAAAAAACCAUGGCCUUUCCACCGGCCAUAACUCAUACUAAAGCAUUGGUAAAUAAUUUUGUGGACUUAUCGAAAGAUAUAUAUAUGAGAAUCCAACCAAAUACAG